GCACGAGUUGCCAGUCAACAGUGUAUUCGUGUGUGUCAAUCAAUUUUAUUUUAUGCGUGUUUUGUUUUGUUAAUUGUUAACACUUUUACGUUAUUUCGAAUUACUGUGUAAUGAAAAAUCUCCUUUAAAAUGGAGAUGCCGAACGAGCCCAUGGAAAUUAUCGAUAUUGAGGAGAUCAUUGAUGUUGAUCGACUCGAUCCGGAUGCUCCAGAAUUUGUGGGGGAGUUACCGUCAAGUUCCAACGCACCCCAAGCUCGGGUUGUGGACUUGGGAAAAUACUCCACACCCGUCGCGAAUCUUCUCGUGGAGAUGUUUCCUGAGGCCUGCCCCAAAUACAUCAGGAACCUUUGCAAGGGCAAAGCCUUAAAGGACCUGGACGACAUUGUUACAGAAAUACUUAUAGCGGGCGACGAUUAUCCGAAGAGAGAAGAAAAACCGGCUGGUCCGGAGGAGCUCGACGUCGAGCGGCAGCUGGAAAUUUUGAAGGAGGUUCUGCCCGACGCCGAUCCCGCCUUCCUGCAGACUCAGUGCGAAAGGUACCGCGGCAACCCCGACGGACUGAAACUGUUCACGGCCGACGCUUUGGAGACCAAGAACUAUCCCACUUUGAAGGAGCGCAUCAGGCAGCAGCAGCUCUCGGCGCAGCAAAGGGAAUACACGACGGAAUUCGACGUGGGGAACUUCGUGAAGCGCUUCCCGGAACCGAUGAAGUACUUCGAGGGUGCCGAGCGGAAAUCCCCCCCGUACAGCGGCGAGGACCGCAGCUACGUCGAGAAGUUCCUGCGCAACAGCUUCGACCGCGUACCAGUCAGGGUGAUUUUCUCCACGGUGUGGGAGCGCCGCUGCUCGCUGGCGACGGCGCACUCGCGUCUGCGGCAGUACAUGCGCGACGGGCGCUUGAAUAAGACGCGCAGAAAGCCCGUCAAGCUGUCCGUCGACCGUAAGAACAUACCGCUGUUGCAGGAGCUGGCCUACAUAAACCACAGGGAGGAAAUCGUGGAAUAUCUCGAGAAAAAGAAGCUGGAAGAGGAGCAGGAACGCGCCGACGCCACACUCAAGGGCCUGAUGCGCUCGUGCAGCUGCUGCUACGACGAGCGAGUCAUGCCGAAGGAUUCGUUCGAGUGCUCGGCCGGCUGCAACUUUUGCCGCGAGUGCGUGAAAACGAGCUGCGAGGUGGCGCUGGGCGAGGGCAAGCUCGAGCUUCCCUGCCUGGCCGACUGCGGCGCCCGCUUCGGCCUGCGCACCCUGCAGACCUGUCUGCCUUCGAAGACGUUCUCGAGUCUGGCGCGCAAGAAGGCCGCGGCCGAGGUCGAGGCCGCCGGGAUGGCGGAUCUGGAGGUGUGCCCGUUCUGCGAGUUCGGCGCCGUUCCCCACGAGGCGGACAAAGUGUUCCGCUGCCUGAACCCCGACUGCUUGGAGGAGUCCUGCCGCUCGUGCAAGCGGACCUCGCAUCUUCCCCUCAAGUGCGAGGAGGUCGAAAACGAUGAAGAUGUCAGAGCGAGGACGUAUAUCGAGGACAAGAUGACGGAAGCAUUGCUGAGGGAGUGUUGGAAGUGCAAAGCACGCUUUUUCAAAGAAGAAGGCUGCAAUAAAAUGACUUGCCAUUGUGGAGCACUCAUGUGUUACAUUUGUGGCAAGCCUGUAAUCGAUUACAGCCACUUUAACGGCAUUGGAGGAGAUAAGUACCAUCUGUGCCCAUUGUACAGCGACACAAACGCCGUCAACGAGCAAAACGUCGUCAAGGCCGGCCAAGAGGCGAAAAGCAGCGUGGACGCGAGCAAACUAAAAAUCGACCCGACCAUCGACGCGAAGGAAUAUUACAAAAAUCGCUCGCGCGAGCUGCCGCGCGAACCGCACCUCGAACAAUUGGCGCAACUCGAACGGCUCGCGCAAGGCCUCCUCGAGCGUUUGGACAACAUUCACGCUGCUUAGUUGUAGUUCCAAUAGAUUAAGAGAAGAGGUUUAGGUUGUACUACUAAAAAAAUAGGAAUUAAGAUUCGUCAUUUGCUUUUUUGGCCUUUAUCGUUAUUUCGUCGAAAAUUAUCAAUGUUAUGUUUAAACAUCAAAAAAUCCAUUUAAAGGCUACUUAAUUUGUAUAAUUAUUUUAAACGUGUCAUUUAAAUAAUAAAAAUUCAAUAACAUAGUUUAUAUUGUAAAUAAAUACCAACAUUUAUUCUUUUUUCAUGUAAUUUUAAAUAUUUUUGUCAAUAACAAAAUACAAACAAUUAAAAAUGGACAUCUUAAAAAAAACAAUUUUUUUGGA